AUUACGUCAGUAACCGGAACAGCAAAAAGGCAUGAGAGAAGAGCGACGCAGAAAUGAAUGGGUGCAAAAAACCUGGACAUGUUGACAGUGUUAUAUCCGUAACGGCGUCAUGUUUUCAGUAGUAUAAAACAUAUCAAAAACACCUAUGGAUUUAACGAUGGAGUGCGAUAUUUUGGACUCUUUGGAGGAGCUUGGCUACGCCGGUCCUCUGCUGGAGGAGAAGGCGCUGCUCGGAGCCGCAGAGGGAGGCCUGUCCUCUCCGGAGUUUGUGGAGCUGUGCCGGUGGCUGGCCUCCAGGCUGAAGUCGCUGUGUGAUCUGGAGGAGAGCAUUAUUUCCGGUCCAGAAGACUUGGACAGCCUUCAGCUGGAGAUGAGUGGUCUGCUCAAAGAGCUGCACUGUCCUUAUGGAGAUCUAGUUUCAGGGAUUCUCAAAGGCAGUGUGCAGAAUACAAAGGAUCAUCUCAAAUGUCUCUUGUUUCUGAGCUCUGAGCUCCAGGCGGCUCAGAUUGUGAGGAGCAGAGCAGACUCUCGUAAACAAGAAGAGGGUCCUGUUUGGGAGGAGCUCCUGGUCAUCUGUGAGACACUGAACCUGCCGGGGCCCAGAGGACAGGACGCAGCAGUGGUUCUGUCUCAAGUCCAAGACAAGGUUGAAAAAGUACUUAAAGAACUUCCAGGUGGCUCCAUUGAAAACCCAGUACUAAAGACAUCUCUAGACAGUGAACAAUGGGAGAAGUUGUCCAACAUUAACGCAGCUCUGUCUUCAGAGUACGAGUGUCGGCGCAGGAUGCUGAUCAAACGGCUGGACGUCACAGUUCAGUCCUUUGGGUGGUCGGACAGAGCCAAGGUAAGGGUGGACAGCAUGGCGAGGGCCUACCAGCCCAGGAGACACUCUCUGAAGCCUCAGUCCACCGUGGACAUGGCCCAGCUGCUGGCGGCCAGAGAGGACAUCUGCAACGUGGUGAAGACCAGCAGUGGCUCCAGCACGGAGAAGACCAGCUGCGCUGUCAACAAGAUUCUAAUGGGGAGGGUCCCGGACAGAGGAGGACGACCCUCAGAGUUAUCAGCCCCGGCUCCUGAGAUGCCACCCUGGAAAGAAAGAAAAGAUGGCGGAUGCGGUGGUGGAAGAGGAGGAGGCAGUUGGGGAGGGGGUGGACGGGGUGGAUGGAACCAAGGAGGAGGGGGUGGACGGGGUGGAUGGAACCAAGGAGGACGGGGUGAAUGGAACCAAGGAGGACGGGGUGAACAAGAAGGAAAGAAAGGACGGUACCAGUAUUAGUUUCGACCGACACUAUCUUGUGUUUUUUUAUAGAAGUGAUCAAAAAAUCAUAUUGGACAUGAACUGAACUCCACCGAGGAAGAAAAAGUAACAGUAUUUCUACUUUUUAAUUUGUGCUUCAUUUUGCCUUUUUUAUUUUCUCAUCUCAUCUCUCAAAAAUAACAGCAAUCAUUUUAGAAUUUCUUUUGCACAGGAGCAAAUGAUUUAACAGCGGCAUUGUGCCACAAUUCUGUAACUGUGUCCCAAAUCCAUAUUUCAUACUGACUAAGGAUGCUUCAGUGUGUAUUGUGUUUAGACUGUACACGUAACUACAUUUAACAUAUUUAAAGUAUAUGUAUUGAAGCAAACUUUUAUUUUUGGGUGUUGAUGGACCCUGUCCUCCCAAAAUGCAAUGAACUUAAGAAAAGGGUGAACUUCCUUGUAAAGCGACCUUGGGUCUCAUGAAAGGUGCUAUAUAAAUCCAAGCUAUUGUUAUUAACUGUUUAACUUUAAAACUAAUAGCAGAUGUUCGUCAAACAUUAUAAUCUGGGGAAAACUAUAUCCAGUUCAGUAGGUGUAUUUUCUUUUAUCAUAUCUGCAAAAAAGCCUGAAAAGGAAAGGAUACUAUGAAAAUCUGUUUAUUGUAUACAUUUUGGAAUUUGGGACACGGCUUACAAUUCGACAGAUAUCAGAGGGAGGAGCCACCGAUGAGAUGAAGACACUACACAUGUUUUUUUCUUGGCAUAAAAUAACACGCUACCCUUUUAAUCGUGUGUUAUUGAAGUGAUAAAGGGAUUUAAGGAUAGAGAACACAUCUGUCUUUGACUGAAAUCACUGCGACCUGUUAGAAAACUGAGGAUCAGCUCUCGCCUCAUUUCCUUGAAGAUUCUGUACCAGCUGUGAUCUUUUCCAACUCUAAAUGUAUGUAAUAAAGACCUUUCUAAAGUAAA